AUGCUACUCUCCUUCUUGACGUUCGGGCUAGGCUUCGCGAGCAUCAACGCCGAGGAGAUACCACAAGGCAUUAUGCCGAAGAGACAGGUCGUGGGAACUGGCGUGACCACAUCCACAACCACGGGACCGACAAGUACAUCGACGACUGCCAUCAGCACCACAUCCUCGACUGUGAUCUCAGACAGUAGUACCACGUCACCUACUUCUCAAACCAGCCAGACCACGCCAACCUCGUCCCCGACUUCCAGCGUCAUAAGCGAUUCUACCACGAGCACCACUCCCACAUCCUCACAAAGCCAAUCGGCAUCUCCUACCUCUUCCAACGGACCGUCUUCCUCACAAUCAUCUGUG